UAAACAUCACAUUCUCGAUAGUUCCGUAGUAUAGUUUUGUUUUCGACCUCAUAAAGUAUAAGAAAAAAUGAACUGCAUAUUUCCUUUAUUCUUUCUUUCCUUUUUUUUUCCCUUCAAUUUUUUUUCUACGACUUUCUUCGGAAACUUGACAAACGACAUCGUACGGUACCAGAAGGUUUUUCCCGGAAAAUAUUGACCUUUCUUAGUAGAUCCUGAUAAGAGCCACAAAGGGAGGGGACCAAACCCUAUGAGAGAGGGGACCAGGGCUUCCAUUAAAUAUGGCUCCCGUUGUUUUUUACAAAUUUUUUUAGCACAAACAAUUAUUUAUCUUGGUUCUUUUUCGGAAAGAGACUGAAAAAGUAGCUAGAAUUUUUUUUUUAAUGGUAGAUUUUGAUGUUCAGCGAUAAUGAACAUUUGUUUUAAUAGUAUGCUGGAGCCGUAGCAUUUAUGAGUGUGUUGGAUGGGUUUUUAAUGUUUUUUAUUAGUUUGGAGUUUGUUGACCCAAUCUUUUGGUGACUGCAAGAACGGGUGGGGUUUGUUGCAGUAAGAAUUUGUGGUCUAUCAUGCGGGCUCUUGAACAGUUGUUGAUUAGUCGCUGUGGGUCUUAUUCAAGGGCCUACUUCUUCUGGGUUGCUCGAUAUAAUGAAUGUGAAUUAUUGGAGCUGAGACGGCAGUGAAAGGAAGAGAGGACGUUUUAAAUUUUAACACGGGAUAUCAAAACGUGAGAUAUUGCUGUUGAAUAUGUUACUGCUUCGUGAGAAUUAUUGGAGAGAGAGAGAGAGGGAGAUAUAUAGGCCAUGAUAAAGGUUGGAAAGGACAUUUGGGAAAUAGUUAUAACGGGGUGGUGAAUUUUGGAUGGUUUUGAUGAACGAUGGUAAACUUUUUUAGGAAGUUGGCAGGUAUCAUUUUGAAUAAGAUGUUAGCUUCUUACUCACAGUGGAGGCAAAAGAAACUUUGCUUGGAUAUCCUGAGAUUAUUACUUCAUUUGUGUGAAAUUUGGAUAACCUCAAGUUGUUUGAAAUUUUUACUUCACUGCCCUAUUAAUUUCACUCGUUCAGUUGAAUCCGUGAUUACCUUUUUAUCUUUUCAUAAGUGGAGUUGGGUGAAUUUAAACAUUAUCUCUGCUGAGUUUCUUGCAUAAAUCAUUUCUGUGAAGGUGAUUAAAGAUCUACUUCAUAACUGUUUAUCAGACAAAGAGAUGCGGACUUGCUGGUAAUUUGAGAUUUGAAGGUGAGGAUUUUGUGCUGGUUGCUUGUGCAUUAAUAACAUGAGGAGUUUGUAACGUAAUCUAUGAGUUCUUGCUCUUUGAUGGAGUGGAAUUCGAAAACACCCUUGCAGUGGGACUGGGAAAACUUAAUCAUGUUGAAUGCAACAACAACUGAAAUUCCUAGAAAGUUGCAACCAACAGAGUGGGAAAUUGAUGGAGAGGGAGGAAUCAAUUCUGGAUCUCUAUAUUCUUCUGGGGGUGGUGGAGGGAGCGGAGGUUCUGGCUCUGAUCUGGGGUUUGCUGCUUUGUCAAAGAGCUCAAAAUCUACUUCUAUCAAUUCUUCAUCAAUUGUUGAAGUGAAAACAUCUAAACUUACUCUGGAGGCCCGUGAAGGUUUUACAGAAGAUUUUAGCAGUAAGAAAGAACAUGACAAGACCGAGGUAACUGGUACUUCUCCGACCCUCGAGGCUUCUGUAGGCUCCGGUGAGCCAUUGCUGGGUCUAAAGCUUGGUAAGAGAACAUAUUUUGAAGAUGUUUGUGCUGGAAAUAAUGCUAAGGCUGCGACUUUAUCUGUCACUCCUGCAUCUUCUGUCACUCCAUUGAAGAGAUCCAAAUCCAAUUCUCAGAAUUUACAGUCUCCCCGCUGCCAAGUUGAAGGCUGUAACCAGGACCUUUCUUCAGCUAAGGACUAUCAUCGCAAACAUAGAGUUUGUGAAAGCCAUUCAAAAUGCCCUAAGGUCAUUGUAGCUGGUCAUGAACGUCGGUUUUGCCAGCAGUGUAGCAGGUUCCACGGUCUGUCUGAGUUUGAUGAAAAGAAGCGCAGCUGUCGCAGGCGUCUUUCUGAUCACAAUGCAAGGCGUAGAAAGCCACCGCCAGAAGCAGUCCAAUUAAAUGCAGCUAGGAUUUGUGAUGGGAAGCAACAGAUGAGUCUUGUUUGGAAUAGAUUUCCCUUUGUUCACUCAAGGGCUGAGGAAAAAUUUGCUUGGGAAGGCACCUGUGGUUCAAAGUCAAUGCAAACGAAAGGGUUUAUAUUAAACCCUGGGAAAGUUGGUGGGAUUGAUGGCCAACUGAAUUUCCACAACCAGUUGCCUAAUGCAAUCACUACACAUGAUGAUGCCAAUGGCUUUUUACCACCAAAGACCCGAGGCACUACAGCUGAGUUCCUCAACCAAGAUGUUGAAGAAUUUGCGGUCUCUUCCAAUCUGGGCGUGACACAAGAAUUUCAUCGUGCUCUCUCUCUUCUGUCAACAACUUCUUGGGGUUCAUGUGAACCAAAACAAGUUUCACUGGACCACCCACAGAAUAAUAUUCCUCAACCUGCCAUGCAAGCAAUUUCUCAAGCUCUUCCUUGCACCUCAUCUGAGUACUGGCGAGCAGAGCAACAGUCUGUUGAACCUCAGGUGCAUUCACUGAGUUCACAUGGUGAUCGCAACAAUCACUUUCAGGAGUUUCGCUUGCUCAGAGCACCAUAUGAAAGUGAUUUUUAUUCCAAUCAAUUAAACUGACUGCUCACUUUGAUCAACUGUGUUCAGCUUCGGAGGUUGUAAGCUAAGGUGGGUUAAUUAGUUUUUGUUUGGCGCCUAGUUAGUUAUAGUUGUUUCCUCCCCCCAGGGCUUUAUUUUUUUGUUGAGGGGGAAAGACUGUUGGUUGCAGGCUGCUAUUUUAGUGGUUCAAAGUGUCUGGCUGGUCUCCCUAGGACUUCCCACUGGUGAGUGACAGUCUCACCAUUGAUGAUCACUUCCAAUAUCAUGAUUUUAACUCAUUGGUAUUGUUAAAUUGCUAGCAAUAUGACCGGAAGAUUGUUAUUGUAUUGACUUCAAAACAUGUAGCGGAGGUGAUGACUGUGAAUUGUUUAUGAUGCUGUGUGGAACUUAUUCUUAAUCUUACAUUUUAUUGGAAGAUAUUAAAGACU